AUCAUAUUCUACGCCCCUACCCAACUAUAACCCCAAAACAAUCCAAAGGUACAACAAAAUGUAAGGAAGUAAGCUCCAACAUACCAUUAAUUUAUGGCUGAAAACGCUGCCAACCAGCUUUCGUGUCCCACUUUAAAAAAGUAAAAAGCAGGAAUAAAAAAAAUACUAAAUAAAUGAAACGAGAAAAUGGAAAAGAGAAGAUCAAACAUAUAUAUGCAAGUUUUUGAACCCCACUUCUAUAAAAUUCUUUUAAGAUCAAGACUUAAGUUUCUCCAACCUCAUCAAGAAAGCAACAGAACUCUCAAAUGCUUUUGCUAAGGCUUGUUUGGGUGCACAUAUAAGGAAAGAUGGCAAAGUGAAGAGAGGGUAAAAGAGAAAAGGAAAGCAAAGGAAAGGGAAAGGAUUUUGUUUUUUCUUUUUAGUUCUCUUGAAGGCAUGAAUUGAAGUGUUUACAGAGGGUCUUGAUCAGAACUGCAACAAAUGAUGGCUGGAAACCCUAACUGGUGGAGCAUGCAUCCACCUUCUCUCCUUACUCAAUAUGCGCUUGCAUCUUCUUCACUUCCUUUGAAUCCUUUGGCAGACAACCAAGAGCCUCGACAGUCAUGGAGCCAACUAAUAAUAGAAGGAAUUUCGGCAGGAGAUGACGAUAGGUUUGGUCCGAGUCAUUUUCAACAUAGGAAGGUAGAAAAUUGGGAGGGCCAAAUCUUAAAUCCAUCUCUAAGGGUUCCUGUUCUUGAUGUGAUAAAGCAAGAGGCUUCCCAAAACAGCAACUUAUACAGUCAUGGAGAGGAAGAAUUUCAGGCAGCUCGAUCUGCUUGGUCACAAGUCAUGCCAGUUUCUUCCCCUGGGUCAUAUGCCACUAGUUUCGGUAAUAACUAUAUAUAUGACUUCUCUUAUAACAAGAUGAAUAGCAGGAAUCAACAUCCAGAUCAUUCAACUGAGAGUGCUAGCACAACCACUGGCGGGGUACAUAAGAAGGCUAGGGUUCAGUCUUCUUCAAGCCAACCACCUCUAAAGGUGAGAAAGGAGAAGCUAGGAGAUAGAAUAACAGCCCUGCACCAGCUGGUUUCCCCAUUUGGAAAGACUGACACUGCUUCUGUUUUGUUAGAAGCCAUUGGCUAUAUCAGAUUCCUUCUGGGUCAAAUUGAGGCCCUCAGCUCCCCUUACUUUGGUAACACAUCAAACAACCUGCGCAACCAGCAGUACUGUGUUCAAGGAGAAAGAAACUGCGUAUUUCCCGAAGACCCCGGACAGUUGGUGAAUGACGCCUGCCUGAAAAGAAAGGGAUCAGCAGCUAACCAGGAUUCCAAAGAUAAGCCGAAGGAGGACCUAAGGAGUAGAGGGUUGUGCUUGGUUCCUGUGUCUUGCACUCAGCAUGUUGGUAGUGACAAUGGUGCUGAUUACUGGGCUCCGGCUUUCGGCAGUGGUUUUGAGAGUUAAGCAAUUAAGCAUGCAUGGCAUAUGAUAUAUAUAUGUUGCUGGAGCUUACAUUAAUAUGCAUGCAUGAUCUCAUGGAAUGCUAUAACAUCAUGAGCAGUCAGUCUACAGUAAGCCAAGGCUGAGUGCUCAUAAUGCUAUGCAUUGAUCGAUCUAGAUCAUUCAAAGCGUUAUUAUAAUUAAUUAAUUAACACUUCGACCCAUUCUUAGCAGUUUGAUCAGUAAGUACGUACGUUCUAGAUCUCUAAUUUCAGUUAAUUAUUAUUAGUAGUUUGUAUCUUAUUUUUCCUUCAAGCCAUAAUAUCUGAUGCAAAGCUAGCUGCUUCUAAUUCGUGUAUGCGAAGUUCUCAAAUAUUAAUGGUAUUUUAAUUAA